CUGGAUUUCCUUUUCCUGCUGAACUGCAGGACGAGCGAGCGACCCACUUCGGGCGGCGGCCAGCGCUUUCAAUUUCGUUCAACCUGAAUUCUGAGUGCCGAGUUCUGAGUUCUGAAUUCUGAGUCCUGUGAACCAGUGAAUCCUGGAAACGAGUCCGAUUCGCAAAACGAGCAUUCGGCUGCGGUGCUCGCUUUCAAUUUCGCCUCGUUAUUCGUUGGUGGCCGUUGGGCGGCCUCAGUCGUCUUUUUGUUGUGCCCGUUCGCGCGUGUCCUGCUGGCUGCUCUCCGUCGUCCUCGCAGCUCGCCGCUUGACAGCUAAACAGCCCAAGCCCAAGCCCAAGCCCAAGCCCAAGCCCAGCGCACACUAGAGCAGAGCUCGGGAGCUGCAGUUCGCCACGCGUCCGCGCCUAUAAAAUAUGAAUUUCUACCAUUUUUCUACUCGUCGGCAGCACUAAAAAAAAGAAAACGGAAAACCGAAAAAAAAAAACGCGAUACGCAAAAAACGUAGGACUAACGCCCACGCGAGAUGUUUGUGUGCAAAGAAUGCGGUUAAUAAUUGAUUCGAUUGCCAUUCCCAACUGGCUGCGACGAAGGGAGUUUCGUGCUGAAUAAAUAAUGCAAAAAUUGCAGUGCAAAUGUAAUAUGGAAUUACAAUCACAACCGUAUCAAGGUGACCAAAACAAUCCGAUCGGCAGUCCUGUAAUUGUCACUCCGACGUCGCUGGGCUCCGUUGCCGUUGUUCUGGUUCGCAUUGUCCACCAGUCGUGUCCUGCAGCGUUAUUUAUCCAUUCAACAGCAAAUUUUAAAUGGAGCCGCAGCAAAGAACACAAAAAUAACUCCCAUGUGCAAUAUAAAAAUUGAAUAAAACAAACGAAAGCCAUGAAUUGGAAAACUGCAAAAAAUGUGAUAUAAACCACUAAUAAAAUAUAAAUAAAGACACUUUUAGUAAGCAACCAAAUCAACGUUAAUUAAGCCUCGGAAUAUGGCAGCAGCGGACGAAAACAAGAAAUCAAAAAAUAAGAGCAUAUAUUGUGUGGGCUUGACUUUUGUAUAGCUAGCGAUAACGACAUUUAGUGCUACAACAACCGAACAUAACAAGAAAGCUUUAAAUAUUUUUUCUACUUACUAAAACUUAAAUUAACUGCACCAAAUGUGAUCGAACCAAAAUAAUAUAUUGAUAUUGAACAACCAAUAAGAGUUACUUCAACAAUAAAAUUCGACAACGACAUUGCCUUCUCUCAUUGUAGCCUAAACGAAAUUAACUCUAAAACUCAAUUUCGUUGCCACUAACGUUAAUUACUAGCCUAAGCGGAAUAAAAUAAAAAAUACGAAAUAAAAUUAUAAAACUAAUAACUAAUAACUAAACUCGAAGACUUUUGUACGUGCAACCGAAAAUUGAUAAAUCUAGGAAAUGCAUAGACUAAGGCGAACAAUCACUUACCUUAACGACGCAGUGCGCCUACGUUAACGCUGCGCUAACGGCAACGGUCAAUUUAUAGAUAUUAAUAAAUGUUUAUAGCUUUCAAUGCCAAAAUCCAAACGAAAAUGAAAUCGCCUACGAAUACAAUGCUGCGUGACGUGAACGCUACGUAGCAGAAGGCCAGGCGUUGCGUUACGUUACGCUCCGCUACGUAACGAUAUAAAUCCAUAGCAGAGCCCGCAUCCGAUUCCCGAUCACCACUCCACACGUUUAUGAGCCAGGACUCGCAGGAGCGCCGCAGGACUCGCAGUCGCCGGCGCAGCCAGAAGCAUCACCGCUGGAAACCGGAGCCUCAGCCACAACCACACCAACAACAACAGCAACAACAGCAAGAACAACAACGACUUAACGGAGCUAGAAUAGCAGCCGACCACUGGCGAUCAACGCAGCCCAUCCUCAGCCCGCCACUCAGCUGCGCCAGCCACUCCAGGCUGACGCAGUUUUCCAACCAAAAGCCACAGCUACAGAAACCCCAACAACAACCACCACAAGAACUACAGCACCACACAUAGAAAUCUGUUGAGAAACCAACCAAAAAAAAAAAAAAAACCAAUCAAAUUAUUACUCUUUGCUUCUAUUUCUAUACUCCUCCUCUUUGUGCCUAUCAGUACGUUCUCGUAGUUGUUGAGAAAGUUGAGAAAGUAACCGGACUGAACGCACGCCUUUUGGAUGCUGCCCUCACGACUCACGUAACGCCCAGACGUGACAUUUAGUUUGGACGACGUUAUUAAGCUCCUAAACGUAACCUGUGUCAUCCCAUUGAUUUCGAACUGUGAACGCAACCACUGCACCACUGACGUGACGCAUACGCACCGUUGACAGACAAGCAAAGAAAAAAAAACCAAAAAAAAAAAAUAAACUUUAACCGUUAACAAAAAGAAAAAAAAAACAACACCAAGAUGCAGGCCGCAUUGAUGCUAAGAUCGAAAUCUCGGGUGGCGAGAAGAAGAAAGCUACGAAAAUUAGGUGGAAGACUUGAGUUGCCUAGUAAUGUAGCAACUAAAGAAAUAGCUCCAUUUCCUCGUUAUCCACCUGAGUCAUGGAAAAACACAUACGUGACCACGCCAGUGGCGCCGCCCGAGCCGCCUCCGCCACCGCCGGAAUGUGCCCAGGGACGCGCCGCCUGGUUGGAGCGAGGUCGACGCUGCAGCGUCCAGGAUCAGCAGCAGCAGCAGGCCACUUGCCAUCGACGCUGGGUGAAGCGCAACCGAAUCCAAGACGCCUCUUUGGGCGGCUCGUCGGACGAUGAGGACUUCCUGGGCGUUUUACGCGGUCCCAGCACCUUUGCGAAUGCCUUCCUCUACGUGGGUCUGGGCACGGUGGCGCUGGGCCUCGUCAUCGCAUUCGUUGGCACCGGCGAGAAGGGCUUCAAAACCACGGAACUAAGACUUAUAGGCCCCUCUCUCAUAGGAUUGGGCCUGAUCUGUUGCAUUUUACGCAUCCUCUUCUGCAUAUGUCCAUCGCACUGCAUCUCAUCCAGCAAAAAGACGCGCAAGAAAAACGGCAACAAGAUUGAUGCGGAUCAUACAACUUCGUUGCUGCGGAACGAGAGCAAAAGAGUGUCGAUAGCUAGAGGACCCAGUUUUCAGCCCAAAUAUCCCAUAGCUCACAAACGCAGCCAGAGCAAAAUGCUCAACGAGGGAAUGGAGGCACUGCGCCAGAUAGCCACCACCUCCUUGUUCAUGCAGAACGAGCAGAAGACAGCCAUCAAUCGCGUGGUGCCGAUCAUCAACGAGCCGGAUAGCGGUGAUGCUCCACUAGAGAUGAAGAAACUGCAGACGGCUCUGAAUGCCUGCGAGAUGAGUGACGAGGAGCAGGAUCGUGAUCAGGAUCAGGAGCAGCAGCAGCAGCAGAAGCAGAUUGCCAAACGUACAACAGCCACAACUGCCGUUACGAGUAGUACCACCAAAGACCCAACAUCAACAUCAGCAGCAGGAGCAGGAGCAGGAGCAGCCACAUCGAGGAUAACGAGAGUUAGCACACUGAGCACGGUGGACGAGAAGCCGGACAGUAAGUUGGUGCGACAAAGGGUGGCCCUGCAACAGCAGCGCCAUCAGGAGCAGCAGCAGCACCAGGUGCCCAAGUCGCAGUCACUGUCCUCCUCCUCUACCGUGAAGGAUUCGCUGGAGGUGGUGGAGGAGACGUCCCUGAUAGAUGCCAGCGAUGAGGCAUUGCAACCAGUUGCAGUUGCAGUUGCAGUUGCAUCACCAGCAGCAACAGCAGCACUGCCCAGUAGCUGCAGCACGGGGGCGAUACCACGGCUCAAUCGGCCGGGCAUCUCGACGGGGGCCACGCCCAAGACGACGACCACGACGACAACGCCCACCAUCACGGCCCGGCUGCCCACGUCGCAGUCGCAUCCGACGAGCUAUGACCUGCCACCGGCCCUGCCGCACACCUAUUCCGCAUCGGCGACGGUCCGCGGACCGCUGGGCAUGUCCAUGAGCAGCUCCGCCGGCAAAGUGGUGGGCGGAACUGCCUUCACCAACACCAGCACAACGAUUAGCCUGCUGCCGCUGCCGGCGCCACCGGCGGCCACCGCAACAGCAGCAGCCAGCAUUCCCGGCCAGGUGCUGGAGUCCAGCGGAGCCACGAGUCUGAGUCUGAGCCUAAUGCGACCGGCCACCGCAUCCGGUGUGGUUCUGGGCGGACUGACCACUUCAUCGUUUACAACCGCUGACCAUCAGAAAUCACAUCUGUCGUCCGCCGGAUCGCUAAUGGGGCGUGGCAGCAGCCUACUGCCCACAACGGCGGUGGCGUCGACGGCGGCGGCAACAUCCUCAACGGCGUCAUCGAGCAAAUUCGAGCCAGAAUUGGUGCUCAGUCCGGCUAAACUUGGCCAGUAGAAUUAAAUGGGAUUUAGUUACGAUUUUAGUUAGCCACCAGGUCUAUAUAUGUAUGUAUGUCUAUGUUCUAGGCGCGAGUAUGUAUGCAACAAAAGUGAGAGUGUGCGUAUGAGUGUUUUAGUGCUGUGUCUGCGUGUGUUUGAGAAUAAGAACGAAUAGAGUUUAGAUACCUACAUAUGUACCCUAAAAUCUAUCUUUUGAAUGUGCCACAAAGAAUAGCUGAACCUCCAAAAAAGAUUAUGUUCUGAAACCGUAACUAACAAAACUUUUAAUUGGCUAUUUAAACCUAAGCCAGACUUUCCCAUUUAGAACAUUAUUCUGUCACUUCUUUUCAACCACAAAACACAUUCAGUUUCUAAACUGUCUAUUUUCCGAGGUUUACCUUGAUUUCUCUGCCCUUCUUUUGGAUGUAUCAUCCACUCUAUAGCUCUGUAGCGACUCAUUCCCGAACUUUUUAGAUCUCUUCCUCAGGCUUCAGGUGGCAAAACGAUCGCCCAAGUCCUCAGCAAAAAAAGUUGCCAACCUGCUCUGUUCUAAGCUAUCCCAAAUAAAAAAAAACCAAAAACAUAGCCAGGGUAUUAUAAAGUUUGUAUACCAAACAUAUCGUUAACUAAAUAAACAAACCAAACUAACACUAAAUAUAAUACGAAGCGAAAAAAAGAAGAAACUUGGAACGGAGAUGGUCUACGUCCAAAUUGACAGGAAACUUAUAAGAAAAGGGCCGAAAAUAAACAACUAACUAAACAAAUUAGAUAUGUAUUGAAAAAUUUUAGAGGACCGCUAGACCCAAGCAAAUUUAAAUGUGCAAACAAUAUAUGGAAUAUGUACGGGUGCGUGUUUCUAUAAAAUCCAAUCUAAAAACCCAAAGAGUUCAAAAAGUAUUAGGCAAUGGUGUUGAAAGAGCUCUACAACGUUACAAAAUAGGAAUUCUUAGUUCUGCAGUAAUUUCCAUUCAAACUAUGCUAUAUUUUUAACUAUUUAACUGAACUGUAAAUUUUGCAAAUUGUUCAUGUCACUUUUUGGAAGCUUUUGCUAAUUUCAACAUAAAAUAGGUAAUGGCUUGCUCUUUCAACUGGUAUGUCCGCCAGAUAAGUGGGCCGAAUGAUAAAUAAAAACAAAUGUAAACCGAAUCCAAUAGAAUUGAAUGUGGCCGUUAAAUAAAAAACAAAAUAAAGCGCAAAUAAUUAAAUGUAACAUCCCUGAAACAAAAUGUGUAAAAUGCAUGUACAGCAAACAAAGCAGCAGCAAGACAUAGAAAAUUAUAAACAAACAUUAUGAAUUAGUUUGUAUGUAUACUAUAUGUGCAGAAAUUAAAAUGAAAUAUAA